AUGUCGACUCUUAGGCUUGCGACAGCUUCCAAUGUACGCGCUUUCCAGAUACUGACCGAAGCUCUCGACGCAAGCAACGGGAAGUGGUCACAAUGGAUUGAGAGCGAAACACUCGACGAUGAGGUCGGAAGAUUCAGAGUGUGGGCUGGCAAUCUGGGAGCGUUGCAGAAAGGCCACAGCUCGCUCGACUACAGGCUGCGCGGAUCCCCCGUCUUAUUCAGUAGCGCCCUCAGACUACUGAAUGAGCUUGAGCAGAAUCUGAAUGAAACAUAUGCUAUCGUUUCUGAGGCGCGCCUGCCUUAUGAACAGCAAACGCCAUCGGAGGGUUCUGACGAUGAUAGCGACCGUGGCUCGUCCAGUGAGGAAGAGGCCGACGACUCUGACAGCGACGAGCCUAGAAGCGAGUUGCGGAUGAGAUAUGAAGAAAUCGUGGACAUCAUCGACAACCUCUACAAGCUCAGCGUCCGCAUCAGAACGCCGACCGUACGCUCAAGAUCGCUCAAAGCCUCUGCCUACACGCCAGUGGAUCCAGAAACUGGUGUGGAUAUCCUCGGUGUGUACGCUGAACUGGAUCGAAAGCAUGUUCGAGAGCUACUCUCGCAGCUACGGAAGACGCAUCCUGCACAGAAUGAGGAAGAUCAGGACUUCUUGACUGAGCGGUUGAGCUCUUCUAUUACAUUGCGCAGGCGGCAUUUCAAGUACUGGAAGCGUCAUCGUGAUAAGUUGGGCGCUUCCGCAGAUUCCGAAGACAUAGCAGAUGCUGGCAAACCUACAGCGAAUGAAGCGCCAGCUCCGAUGCGUCAUGACACUCUUGAAGCUCACCCAAUAACUAUCAUGGCCAAGAUCGGAGAGACCAUAGCUGUAGACUCACGAGACAAGUGCCCCAUAUGCUUCGUGCCCACGGUCACUGAAGGUUUGGAUGAUUUGCAGAGCCACAUUGCCAAUCAUUUGGAGCGCCUUGCUACCUUUGCACUGCCUCAUAGUAGAGAAGACGACGAAGACGGUGCAAGCAGUGUGGCAAGCCGUGGGAGCUCCAAUUCUCAGUCUUUGCCCGAGUCGAUAAGUACCGGUUCAAGCAAUGAGAUGGUCGCGCUUAACCGAGAUCUGGAAACUGAACAGCCAGUUGAGACGGAGCUCAAUGAGGAAGACCGCCUGCUGCUACAACUCAAGGAAGAGGAGCAAUUGCCAUGGAAGGAGGUCGCAGCGCGCUUCCACGAGACCUUUGGCAGGCAGUACGAAAUACCAGCGAUGCAGAAGCGUCGUAAGCAACUGAGAGACGAGAGGUUCAAGCGAGAUCUUGAGUCUGUGAUUAAUGAGGAAGAUCUCCUACUACUACAGCUCGGGGACACAGAGAACGUGUCUUGGGAGGAUAUCGCAGCGCGCUUCCAGAAAGCCUUUGGCAAAGAGUACAUAACACCCAGAUUCCAGUCUCGAAUUGAGCGACUAUACAAGGGGCCGAGGAAGCAGUCACUCCAGUCAGUGGGGACCAGCCCAGAUUUGCUGUCCGCAGAGAUGCUACAGCAACUUCCAGACGAAAGUCAAAAUCGAUUGGCAAUGUUUUCAAAUCAAGUGGACGACCUGGACGACUCGGAAGACGAGCAACCCGACAAUGAACAGCCUGAUGAAAACAUAUUGCCCGAGCACCAGAAACAUCUGGAAGAACGGGAAGCAUUUAGACAACACGUCUCAUCGUUACCAGGAGUUCUAUCGGUACGAUUUUAUCGAGGCUACGGCUCAUGGACUGGCCUUAUCACGUUCGCCGAUGAUCUGGUGGGCGAACAAGCAACUGCGCUGUAUGACCAUCAACGAUUCCCCAACGUUGUGUUCAAGAGUAAAAAGAACAAAAGCAAGUGGACAUUCACCAGAACCGCUGGCACAAGCAAGAAGGAUGGCUCCUUCGUCCGCCAGCCAACAGUGGAUACACUGACCACGGAAGAAGCCGAGAUUCUUCCAUCCGGGUCUGACACGUAUGACGAAGAAGUUGAAGAAUCAAGCAGACAACCAAUCAUCACGAUUGCCGAGAUCCCUACGUUACGCUCGCUUUAUCAGUCCAGGCGGCUGUUGCAGCGCGAUCAGAGCUUUGCGCCAAACGAUGCUUACAAUCAGAUGAUCUCGUUCUGUCAUUACGACUUAACGAGAUUGAGGGUGGAUGCCAUCGUCAGCAAUGCUUCAGGUAACUUCCAGGCCAAUCCUGAUCCAGAUUCUCUGCAUCACGCUAUCUAUAAAGCCGGCGGUUCAGGUCUCAGAGAAGAGGCGAGAUCGAAAGCCAAGGUCAAAGUGGGCCAGGUCGAGCUCACACACGGCCACAAUCUUCCAAGCUCAUGGGUAAUUCAUGCAGCUGCACCAGGAUAUACAGGCCGCAAAGGGGUAGGCCAAUUCAACGUUCUUUCCGAGUGCUAUCGGAGUGCCAUGAGAAUGGCGGCUAACUACGCGUUCAAAACAAUCGCCUUUCCUUGCCUGGGUACUGGAGGUUGCAUGUUCCCUGCACGUGUCGCAGCACGUAUAGCGCUACAAGAGAUAAGGGAAUACCUGGAUUCACAUCCUACACAUCGACCUGAGCGAAUCAUCUUCUGCGUACGGGCAGCAGUCGAUGAGAAGGCGUAUACCGAUUUUCUACCUGUAUUCUUCCCACCCACACAUGGAGACUUGGACAGAGCCAGAACUUCAGACUGGUCCGCGAAUCGUGCUGCGCUGGCAGCCCAGGUACUAGAGGCACGUACGCAACUUCAAAAUGCGUUGACCGCAAUCACCGUUACCUACGACUUUGGCACGCAAAGUACGGUUUGUGCUCACGAUAUGCGUAGGAUCGACUCUACGCUGAGCUCGAUCCGCAAAUACCUCCUAGGGUCGGAAGAGCUCAAGCGCAGUCUGGGCGAUCUCAACUUACUAUGUUCCGUCAUUCUUACGGCAUGUGCUGACAUUAUGGAUAUGGCCGAGCGAGCACGUAAACAGGGCCGUGCUGGAAAUACGCAGUCUAUCUGGACCGAAGCCAACACCGAUAUACGAGCCAAGCAUGGAUUCGAGCUUACGAGUGUCUUUGACUACAGCUGGAUCUUCGCCAACAGCUUAGAAGAGGUCCUGAUACUUGGCAAAGCAGAACCAGAUGCGAUGGGAAGAGCGCGUCAGAUCUUGGAGACCUAUGGUGUCAAGCAGAAAGGUCAAGAUGCCGAAGGUAUACGCGAUCAUCUGGAUGAGGUACUGUACGUGCGUGAGGCUGAAAGGCCUACCCCCAAAAUUCGCGGACUCAUCCAAAUCCAUCAAAUACCCCCCGUAGCGAGGCUCUACAUACUGGGCCAACUGGAAGCGAAGCCUACAAUGGCGAAACCCUCCACUCUAUUUAACCACACUGUCUGCCUACUAAGAGAGGACAUCACGAGGCUGGAAGUCGACAUCGUGGUAAACUCAACCGACCCAAGCUUCUCCGGCAUGGGCACUCUAGACCGCAGCAUAUUCAAGAAAGGAGGAGACGAACUGCGCUCAGAAGUCUCAACCUUCGGCAAAUGCGAAGAAGGCGACGUCAAAGCAACUGCCGGAUACCUCCUCCCAGCCAAACAUAUCCUCCAUGUCGUUCCGCCUGGAGUGUUUAGGAGCGAUACCAAGAACAUUUUGAGGAACAUCUACCGGGCAAUUCUGCAUGAUGCCGUACUCAUGAGGGCAACUUCCAUUGCGAUACCGAGUAUCGGAACCGGCAUGCGGAACUACCCGCGGCGCGACUGCGCAUCAUUGGCCAUGGAGGAAGUGAAGCGCUUUUUGGAAUCUGCUGAGCCGGGUAAUGGGCUUGAUAAGAUCAUAUUCGUUGUCUUUUCUUCCAAUGACGAGUUCGUCUACAAGAGCCUUCUGCCGGUGUACUUUCCGCCAACGAAAGGUAAUACUUCGCCUACUAUCUUGGCGAAACAGCCUGCGCAGGUCGAGGGAAGCUCUUCUUCAUCAUUACCGGUUCCCACGGAUCAGCAUUCCCCGUCUGUCUCUGGAGGAGAGACUACCCACAGUGUCCGAUUUGGCAAGCAACCAGUAAAGUCGCGGGCUUGGAAGGACGACGAGGCCAAAGCUUUGAUGGACUUCGAACUACAUGUCGAAAUUUGCGAAGUGUGCAAAGACGGUGUCUUUGAAGAUGUUCACAAACUCUGCGAACCCGGCUUCCAUUUCGCCAAAGCAGUUCUACAAAGAAUGGAGAUGUCUGAAAAUGCGCUUGUGUAUAGCAAAGCGCACGAGCAGGGUUCAAGAGAACAUUUGGAGAUGCCGGUCGAAAAAUUGCCUAGCUCCUGGCUGUUGCUAUCCACUGUUGCAAAAGGCGGACGUUAUGUCUUUGAAGACACAUCUGCUCAAGCCGAACAGCCUGACGCGACAGACUCUGAUACGCCUGCAUCGGAGCAACUCUCGGCACCAAACGACCCAGACAGUAUUGCGCAGGCUACAGAGCAUCCCGCGGUAGUCCGAGUGGAAGUCUUGUCUCCACGCACCGAUACUGGAGACUGGUUCUACUCAUGGGUUCGAGUUUUCAGGAGCAAGAUCGAGAUGUACUCUGGCGAUUAUGAUCCUGAUCCAUACGGAGAAUCUACUGGACAUAUGCCGUAUGCGUCCAUAGAUUUUACCGCUACCACCACAAAUGUGGACGGCGGCAAAGGCACGAUUGUGUCCUUGUGGACAGUAUCGCAAGGAUCAGACCAGGGAGAAACAUGGCAUUUCCGUAGCUCUGAUGUUGCUGAUUCAAUUGCGCUUCUCGAACUUUUCAAACGAGCUAUCAAUCGUGGGCGUCAGGAACGGGAGAAGAGGAAUACAGCAGAGGUUGAUAAGGCAACGAACCCCGAACCGACGAUCACCGGGAAGAGCGGAAGGGAUGUUCUCGAAGACCCAUCUGCUGACAUCAACAAGCCCAAUGCUGCGAAGCUCGAUGACCAAGUUCAGGAAGAUGACAAGACGGCCCACUUUUCGGAAGCCGAAGAUGCGGAUGCUGUCGUACCAGAUGCGGGGCCACGUGCUGUCAUCCGUGUCAAGGUUUUCGAACCACCCAACACUCCAAACUGGACGGAUUCCAUCCUAUAUGUCUACAAGAGCAAGCUCAUUGUGGAAUUUGAAAAGAACGAUUAUUCGGACCAACCAUUUGCCACGAUAGACCUCAAAAGUGCUAGUUCGGACUUGGCACGUGGCACUGAUCACGGCAAAUUCGACUACUCGAACACAACGUUCUUGCGCGUGUGGCAUUACGCAAUGGAGGAAGAGGAAGGAUACUUUGAGAGGGGCCCGUGGUACUUUCACAGCGACGAAAAGUCUGAUGCGGAUGCAGUAUUUGAUAUGCUUCAACAGGCUAUCGAUCGUAAUGGCCUCAUUAGCGGUUGGGGAAAUAGAGAUCGUAAUAGCCGGUCUGGGGAUCGGGGAAGUACAGUGCUGAAAGGUUUGGAAAUACGCUUUCCGACACCGCCGAUUGCGCCAGUUGCAGAACCUGAGGACACUGGAGAAUCUGUCGAUGCAUUGUCUUAUCCUGAAUGGAACCAAAGGCUGCGCGACAUCAAAGAUCAGGUAGAUGACAAGCACCGCACCAAAGAAGGUACCGUUCCAUCAUACGACGCGCCAGCAGAUAGUACAUCCAACUCGGGCAGUGCGUCAGCAGAUUUGGAGCCAGAGUCAAAAAAGCCUGAUCUAGACGCACGAAUCCUUACUUACCUCGACCAUGAUUUCAAGACCCGACUUGGCUCGUACAUAGGUCAGAACUUCAAGGAGAUCGCUUCUGCAUUCGAAAGCCGGCACCCUACGUCCAUCGCUCAGGCUUUGCGAAGGCUAGCUGCAGAAGGAGAAGUUCACAACACUAUUGAUGGGGAUACAUGGGUUAUCUCAGAACCUAUGUCUUGGGAUCUUGGCUUUAGUCCAGAAGAACGACCGGAGAAGCCAAAAGGUGAUCUAGCUGAUCGGAUUUUGCUAUGCAUGGAUCGUGUGGGCGGCAGACACCAGUUUCUUACCAUGAUCGGUGAGCUUAUGGCUACCACUGAUCAACUGUGGCCUGCGCUCCGGAAUCUAGCAGCCAACGGGCUCGUCUAUAGUGAGGCUAGCGGACAGAUCUGGGGUCUCACCGAUGCGGGUAGAACAAGAGUACUCGUGUUACAGGCGAGCUGGCCAGAGGAUGAUCUUAGUCAUGAUGAACACACAUCAAACGAUCUCUCCGAUCGUGCUUUGUCUUACCUAAGAAGCCUGCCUGGAGUGAGCGAAAACAUAUCGGAUCUUGCAACUAUGUUCAAUACUCCGGUCGCUGAGCUUCAACCAGUGCUUGAACAGUUGGGAUCUGAUGGGUUGGUGGAAAACGCGGAGGAUAAAUCGACUUGGACUGCGAUACCUUCACCUCAGACUCGUCCACGGUCAACUCGCCCGGAUCUCGCACCCCGUUCUCCAAUCGCAAAGUCAGAUGUCCUUACGCAUCGCAAUCGUGGUGGCUACAACAAAUACCCAUGCCCGAACUGGCAGAAGCAAGGCCAUCCUUCAAACUACGACUUCGUCGACAGAAAGGACGAGCUAUGCGAUCAUUGCAUUCAAGCUCAUCCGCGUGUCCAGAUGAGCUGCGAUAAGUGCACCAAACGCAAGCAAAAGUGCCGCCGAACGCCUGGCCAAGACGCUUGUCGCUACUGCACCGUGCACAACAUUGACUGCAUAACGACGCAGCCAAGCAAGAAGCGCAGCGGCAGCGGCAGCCAAUCCCAAAGCAUUGAGAUAGAUACCAGCUCCUCUGGCAAUGAUGUCCUCGACUCCGAGAUCGCCACACCGAAUCAACAAGAGCACGAGAGCACAGAUGCUAAACAGAAACUGUCUACAGGAAAACCGCCCAUCAUGGACCAAGCCAACAGUUGGAGAGACGGCAGGGGCGCAAAAGAGAGGGAACGAACCAAGUCCGGUAGAGCACUGACAGAUGAUAUCGAAGAAGACGUGGGAUCAGGCACAGCGAGUAGCUUGAGACAAGCGAGGGUUGCGAGGGAAAGGAAACACAACAAAUCAAGUCAGGCAAAGAGGGACGACAUUGAUGACGAACUGGAGGACUAUGAUGGACAGGAGGAAGACUUUGUAUAA